GACAGUUUUAUUUUUGGAGCGGCCGUGAGCGCUGUGGCUCGCUCCCUAAGGCUCCAGUUCACUUCAGGAUGAGCCGUGUGGCACCCUGAGCCGGGAUUAACAAGCAGACAGCAGUUUGCCCCAACAGCCGCUCAUCGAAGCUGUCUCACAAACACGAGCGGCGCUGAUUUCUUCUCCAGUGUGGCUGUUCUGGGACACCCUGCCCUUCCACGAGCCUGCAUGGAAAGCAUCAAGCAGAAACAGCACACACCUACGCCGAUAAGGAGAGCCUGGGGCAGGGAGAGAGGCAGCGACAAACCCAGAGCAGAGCAGAGCAGAGCAUGGUUAGGCCUUUAGAAUGCUGAUGGAUGUCGGCUACAGUAACGGGCUGGAUCCUGACCUUUCCCAACAGUAUCCCCCGCCCUUACUGCCAAAGCCGGGCAAAGAUAACGCAAGGCUUCAGAAACUCAAGAAGAAGAGAGCCAAGAAAAAAGGCAGCCUCUCCCAGACACCCGUCCCCUUUCGAUCCUGCUUGUCGCCUGUCAACGAAGCGAGCACAGACCUCGAACACAGCGACCAGUCAAGCCCUCCAAGGACGCCAGAUUCAGUCUACGUUGCAGACUCCUCACUUUCCGGUUUCCCUUUUGGCUCGCUCUACAAUCACCCUGCACCUGCAUUCCCUCAUCCUGGGAGCAGUCCCUACAGCCAAACAUGCAGCUUCCCCCCUCAGCCCUCCAGAGCUCAAAUCAGGACGUCAGAAGAACAGGUGGCCCCACUGUACGAGUGCUCUUCCUUUUUAUUUGAUGAUGUGACACCUUUCAUGAUGCCACCUUCAGCUUCACCUCCCCCAUCGCUGCCCGAGCAGGUUCCAGUGACCCCUCAUCUUUCUGCCUUCAAUGUAAACAUGACACCAGAUUCCCAUGGGUCAGCCACAACAGUUCCCCCAGUUGCUGUGUCGCAGUCCAGCACUAAAAUAUCGACUCACAGCCUGACCCUAUCCCCAGCCACCCCUAACUCCUGCCUGGGCCUGGCACCUUCUCAAGUUGCAGACCUACCUCCUCUUCCAGUGCUGCUAUCAGCAUCCAGCUCUCAGACACAACCUUUCACCCCCAGCCAGAGGGAGACAAACACCAGCCCACAGGACAACGCUCAGACCCAGACAGUGUUUUGGACUGCCAGACCUACCAAUAACGGCAACUCUCUUUCAAACCAUAUGUCCUCGGAGAUAACGGCUUCAAAAAUAUCACUUGUUGAGGCAGUGAAAGAGACAAAGCCAGAGGCCACACAAAACAGGAUUUAUACAUCGAAGGCCACCUUUUACGAGAUCUCCAAACCCCCCUCCAUGCAGGACCUGACCGUUUUAAACCAAACCAACCAGGGUUUGUCAUCUGCUGUGCCAGCGGUGAAAGCUGAUCAUAAUCUCUCAAUAUACAGGUCCCAAUCUGGAAGACCUAAGACGCCCUCCUGUACACCAGCUCGAGUAUCCACACCUUUUAUUGAAAUAUCCAAACCUAACCCUCUUUUGUUUGCUCCAAGUCCUGCCUUCAACUGUUCUCAAGAUUCACAAGCCGUGGUUCCCAAUGAAGCCCUGGCACUGAGUGCAAAAGAAGAACCCAAACAGAGUGAAGUAAGCCAUGUCAUUUUAAUCAAACAAGGAAGGAACUAUAAAGAGAUAGAAAUUAAAAGUAAAGCAAGCAAUACAAAACAUGCAGAGCUCUAUCCCAGAAAUAUUUCAGCAUCAAGUGUGAACUUACAGGCAUCUGCUAAAGUCAAACCACCACCGAUGGAGCCAGGCAUCUCAAAAGUGCAAAUUUCUGAAAGCGAAGUUUCAUCUUUGCCAAAGGUGCCAUCAUUUUCCACCACCCCGAAGACUUUAAACCCUCUGAUUGUGAAUUCAGUGCAAACCCCGGCCAGUCCAAGCCCCCUCAACGCCACCUUUCGUCCACCUGUAGUCGAGGCACGCAAGUCUUUGACGUCGCUUUUGGAGACUCAGAUGACGUUAGCGGCCUCAAAGCCCAAAUCCCGAUCCAUGUACUAUGGACUUACUCCAGCUGAGUAUGUAGCCUACGGUGGGAUAAGGACUACACCCUCACGUCACAGCCCUGUACCCCCCAGGGUUGAUGAAACAUCUGCAAACCAAACACAACCAGAUGUAGAUUUAGAUGAACCUACAGUCUCAACAAAACAACCCAAUGGACAGCCAGAUCUCCUGUCUCCGAUAGAAGCUCCUAGUACUAACAUUUUUUCAUCACUGAGGGAUCCUGAGCUUCCAGCUGAGCGGAUCGUCAUUUGCAGUGACAGUGUUUUGGAGGAAAACCAGUCUGAAGCUCAUAGUAUCAUGGGAGCACAUUCAAUUGAAACAGCUAUGGUGGGCACAAUAAAACCUGAGCUUCCCUCUGGCUUGGCACAGAAAACUAUCCAACAAUCCACAAUCGAAGUUCCCACAAUAAAAGCCUCGUACUCCGAGGCUUCAAUGUCAAUUCCCAAAGCAGGUGAGGGACACACACAAAGUGCGGCUGUUCUGAACACAAAUCCAUGCCUGGCUGACAGCAAUAAUCCCCUGAAAUCUUCCUCACCUUUAGUGAAAGGUUCCAGUGCAAAACCACCGCAUAGUGCAAAAGGGAUAGACAUCACUGAGAACUGCAACCAUCUUAAAAAGCCACCUUCGAAAUCAGAUCCCGAGGUUACAAACUCAGAGCAACACCCGGGGGAAAUUGAGAUAGCUCUAGUAAAGUCUUGCCAAAGUGUUGGUGGCAUCAGUCCAUCAACAGUCAAUGGUCUCAAUGUCCCAGUCACAGCCAAUCCUGUCAAAGAUCUAGCAGGCCAUAAAAGGUUGGCUGUUCAAUCUCCUGCAACUGAGUUAGAACCCCAAUUCCUGCAAAGUGCCAACACAAAUGGUACUCUAAUCUUGGAAAGGCAAAAAGAGGAGCUGGUUAAAGCUAGCAGCGAUGCUACUCUAACCAAAAAGACAAACACCAGUAACAUUUUAUCUUCCACUGCUGCUCAUACAGCAGAGUUAGGACCCAAGUUAGAACCCAAACUCCCAGAAAGUGCUAACACAAACAGUGCAUUCAUUUCUAGAAACCAACAAAUCACCAAGUUAGUUUCAGAAAUGCCACUAACCACUGACAUGCUUUUAUUUAAACAGAGGGAAGAGCUGGUGAAGCAGGUUAAAGCUAGCAGCGAGGCUACUCUACUCAGAAAGACAAACAGCAGUAGCACUUCACCUUCAAACUCUAAAGCUGGGUUAGAACCCAGAUUCUCUGGUGGUGCAAACACAAACAGUGCACUAGCCACCAAGUUAUUUCCAGAAAUACCACAUCCUAGUCAGGCAGCUGCUCACGUACCUGUAUUCAAGCAAAGGGAAGAGCUUGUUAGAGCUAGUAGCGAGACUACUCUACUCAAAAAGACAAACAUAGGCAGCAUUUUAUCUCCCAUGACAGAAUGCAUCUUUGAGAAAACACAGAUUUCCAAAACCUUGGGAAAAGUGACUGAAUCAGUUCUGCCUCAUGAGCCUGUUAGAGCAUCAGUGUGUUCUGCACAGUAUGGCAUCUGCACAGUGUCAGCAGUCACCCAGAGCACUAAAACAACCCAGCAACUCAGUGCAGAAACAAAAGUCCUUUUAUAUGGAGAAGGUGUCUCCAAAGCACCUGCUAUAAACACCUCAACAGCAGGUAAACCCACCAGAGAGACCCUACUCUCUGACCUUUCCAUCACUGCAACCAAAACGCCCAACAUUUCAGACACACUAGAGCCAUCGAAGAUAAUCAAAACAAGCGAGAACCCACUUCCAGUCACAACUGUAGGCUUCACUGGCCAGGAAAACAUGACUCAAGCAGCAAAUUUUCACCCAAACUCUACCAUAGUGGUCCAACAAGCAACUGAAACCAGAUUUCCAAUCACCACUAAAGAUGCAGUGCUGCCAAGCAAAGUAACUGUGGAAGCCAGACUUCCCACUAACAAAAAUACAGACUCUAACAAAGCCAGGAACACACCACUAGAUGCAAAAUUAACCCCAAAGCCAACCUCUGACACAGAAGGCUUGUUGAUUGGAAAAACAACAGCAGAGCAUCUGCCACCUAUGCCUCCCAGAGCAGAAUACACACCUUACAUUGUUGCAGACGCAAGACCGACUUCUGUCCUUUCAAAUAUGCCCGACAUCGAAGCAAAGCCGCCCAACAAAACAUCUACUAGCAAGUCCUCUCUGGACACCCUCCCCCCCGGACAAUCGAGAAGUAUCGAGGCUUUCCAACAAGCUAAACCUAUCAUAGAAACCUCACAGAGCAACAAAUCUAAUCUGAAUGAUGUUCACAGCACUCCUGAAAACAACAAGCCUCUUACAGAAGCUAUCUCAUCUUUAAUGACAGACCCAGCAGUAAGUAAUAAACCUUCUGUCAAUAAGGUGCAGAUUAAUAAAUCUCUGAUGCCGUCUAGUCCUAACAUGAGGCACGUCUUACCAAAGAGCCCUCAACUAAGACCUCAGAGUCAAACAUUUCCAAAGCAACCUGUUGAUGCACAUCAUGUUAGCGGUACCUGUCCUGUACCAAAGCCAAAUCCUGCAGAGACUAGAGCUGUAAGUAACAGAACAGAACAACCUCAUUUAAUUCAGCCAGCUAUGGUGACUAAUCCAGUACCAAGUCCACCUACAACAUCUAGGCCUGACACUGCGGCCUCCUCUUUGACUAGUCAUGCCACUGCUAGCAAAUCUAGCUUCAGUGUAGAACAGCAAACCCUUGCAGCUCAAAGUGAGAUCCUAUCGCGCGAAGACAGGGCCCAAAUGUCAGGGAACUCCCUGAUCACUCAGACAGAAGUGAAACAAUUAAGGGAACCAAUCCCUGAAAAACAGAAGUCUAUGCAAAAUAACAUUCAAACUUCAGGAGGUGCUAAAAUCCCACUUAGUCCGCCAACAGGAAUGAAAAAUGUGCCCACAAUGAGGGCCUCCCCUCUCCUGGAUCCAAGAUCCAGUACACCCAUUCGAUCCUACACUUCAACAGUACCCAAGUCUCCUCAAGUGCCAGUUUCUCCCAAACCUACCAGAGAAAUGAAACUGGCAGCCGUUGUUAAAGACCAGAGAAACCUCCCUAUGUCACCUGUUCCAAAUAACGCCCCUGUUCAGCCUCUAGCAAAGUCAGAAAUGACCCCAAAACCAGAAACAAAAGUCGCAGCAGUUAAGGACGUUUCAGUCCCAACCAAAAGUGCUGAGGUAGAAGUACACGGAGGUCAGUCAUCCGCACUUAAAACCAAUCUUAGAGCCCCAAAAACGGACUCAGCUUGUCAGCCCACUCUACCAGUCCAAUCCCUCUCUAGGCAGGUUGAAUCAAGACCCUCGACUGCCGCUGUAGAAUCUAAGCCCUCAGUUAUAACAAAUGGUUUGUCAAAGUCUCCCCCAGAUCCGGUUAAGACUAGCUUGCACCCCAGUAAUGUUCAGCCUUCAACAGAGCUACCAAUAGAGAACAAUUCCCCCGCAAAGCCAGCAACAGAUACUGUCAUACAAGCGUCCAUAGUUACAGCCGCUGUGAUUGACACUGCCACUCCUGCCUCUCUGCCUCAGGCCUCAGUCUCUGUCAAAGCUCCGCCUCCAAACAGAGGAAUGUCACCGCCAUCUCAGCAAAAAGCUGGACUCAAGGACAAGGACACUCUGAGGACCAAAACUGCAGCGGCAUCGAAGGAAGCUACGACAGCCGAACCCUCCACGAAGUCAGCGACAUCAACUGCAUCUUCAACUGCUGAUGGGAAGGCAGUUAAAGCAGAGACCGCCUCUGCACCCGCUGAGCCCAAAGCAACCCAGAAACCAAAAGGCCUGAAGGCAAAGCUCAGCGGGUGGACGCGGCUCAAGAAACACAUGGUGGUAGAACCGGAGGAACCGCAGUUUCCAGAGCCGGAGGCCAAAGCUGAAGUCGAUUCUGGUGGCAACAAAGAGAAAGCAGACCUAGGAGGCACAGAAAUGUCCGACCAAUGUUCCAAUCAGGAGAUGGUCAAGAACGAAAACGCUCCUAAGGCGUUGAAAAUGUGGGACGCCCUCCUCUUUCAAAUGUUUUCCACCAAGGAAAGAAUCAUGCAACAGAUCAACUCCAGCAAGAAAGAGCCAGAGGAGAAAAAAGCAUCCAAAGACACUAAAGACAGUCAAACAGAGGUCCCAUCAUUUGUCAACCGUCUGCCGAUUCUGCUGUACAGCCCUCGAUUUGACGCCAGGAAGCUGAAAGAGGCGGCAGAGAAGCCGCUUACUAAAAUAGCAGCUGUGUUUGAGCGAGGGCUGAUAAAGCGCAAAAACCAAGAGGAAGAGCACAAGGACUUCAACAGGAAAGCCAGAGGAUUUGGUUCCAGGAAGAGUGCAGACGUGUAACUGGAACUGAUGCAGACUUUGAGUUGGGGUUGUUCAGUGGCAGGGCUUUGUAGUUGCUUAAAUAGUCAUGAAACAAAGGGAGAAAGUAGCGCCUCUUCAGAGUAAGGUACAUGAAUAUUUGGCACAGUUUCUGGGUAACAAACUGCUUAACAUGAGAAAAUAAUUAACAAGUUUUAAGUAAGCAUUUAGUAAGAAGUUCCACUCUGCAGCAGGGAUAAGUGUCUAAUGAAUAAGUUAUCAUCAAGGGCUGAACUAAAGAUACAGAGGGCUUUUUACUGGCAGCACCCACAACUUUAGUUCAAGACAACUUCUCUGAGCAAUACCGACUGAAUUACAACAUUGUCCAAAGUUGGAAAUUUCACCUUUAAAAAAGACGAGUCAGUGUGGUCACCAUUGUUGUUGACAGAGCAGGUCACAUUAGCCCAACCCCUUUCUGCAUUAGACUUUAUCACAGCAGCACUGUUCUGACAGUUUAAGUCUUUUCAACUAUGAAAAUCACAGCUGAUGUCAGGGUGUUUCUACGCUCACUACACAGAAAAGCUGGAUGAUAUCCGUUUUGUCAUGAAAAUAAGCACUGCCUGUGCAAAAACGAUGGCUGUGGACACAGGUCCUGGUCAAGAAUGGGAGCAGAUGCUGAUUUGGCAAACUCCCGGCCCAUGCCCCAUCUCUCCAGGUAUCCUCCCAGAGUUUUCACCCAACCAGAAUCUUGCCUCAGGCACCGAAAUGGCCAGGGUUGGCUCUGGGUGUCCAUGUGAAGCAGUCUAAAGCCAUGGGGUGUUCUGAAGGAAAGGGAUGCCAACCCUCUGUUAGCUGCUGUAGUACUGAGGAGCCCCCCAUUAUGAUUAUCAGUUUAAAGCAGUGUUACUCAACCAAAGAGGCAAACUGUUGACAAAUACAGUGCUUACCAAAUUAUUAGACCACCCUAACCCUAACCAAAGUAAGGUUAAUGCCACAGCUGCCCUAAAUUAACAACAAUGGUAAUUACCUAAAUCAUUUUUGUGUUUCUGCAAUGGUUAAUACACCAAUAUGUAGA